UUCAUUGUUUUGUUAUUUUUUUGCCGGCUUUUCACAAUUUCCUAAAAUCAUCAAUUAAAUCAUGGCUCUCCAAGCUGGAUCAGCCUCUGGCAUCCCAGACAAGAUGUGGCAACCGCCUUACGUUUGUUUCGAAACAAGUAUGGGCGACUUAAAAAUCGAACUUUAUUGGAAACACGCUCCCAACACUUGUCGCAACUUUGCCGAGCUCUCACGUCGCGGCUACUACAACGGCGUCAUUUUCCAUCGCAUCAUUCCUGAUUUCAUGAUUCAGGGAGGCGAUCCAACUGGCACAGGUCGUGGCGGCACCUCCAUCUAUGGCGGCGAAUUCGCGGACGAAAUUCAUCCGGAACUGAAGCACACAGGAGCCGGGAUUCUCUCGAUGGCCAAUUCGGGCGAAAAUACAAAUGGCAGUCAAUUCUUCAUCACACUUGCACCCACGCAAUGGCUCGAUGGAAAACACACGAUAUUUGGACGAGUUGCGGAGGGCAUGCAAACAGUCAAGAGAUUGGGAACUGUGGAAACAGAUAAAGAGGAUCGCCCAACGGAAGAAGUGAAAAUUAUCAAGGCAUGGAUUGAAAAAUGAAGAAUUUCAGUCUGUAAAGCGUCUUUGUAUUUAGUUAUCAUUCUAUCUACCUACGUCUUAGGACUAAAUAAAUGUUUGCUUAUAUUUUUAAAAAAUAA